AUGGAAGAAGACGAAGGUCAUCCAGAGGAGACCGAAGAUGCUAAUAAGAAAGGCAACUCGAUGAGAAUGAGACUUGACAGGAGCUGUAAGAACAGAUUUCUUGAAAUCCAGAAGCGUCAGAAAGGAUACCUGCUGCCAUCUGCUUCUGUGAAGAUCCUUCGUGCCUGGCUCUAUAAGCACCGAUUUAAUGCCUACCCUACUGAAGCAGAGAAGCAAAUGCUGUCCAUGAAGACCAAUUUAACAUACGUGCAGGUCUCCAACUGGUUUAUAAAUGCCCGAAGACGCCUUCUCCCAGAAAUUCUUCUACAUGAUUCCGACAACUUCAGCUACAAGGCUAUGUAUGCAACCCAGAAGCAAUACUCUAGUCUGUCUGAGGAUAUCAAGGCACAGCCUAAUCUGCAAGACCAGAUGCAGGAUCUUCCCAUGCCAAUAUUCCAAGAAUCCCAAGAGAAGCUACCAGAUCUGAAGUCUUCCCCAAGACAGAAGGUUAUCCAGGAAGCCAAAAACCAAGAAGAAGCUGAUAUUUCAAUCAGCGAGCCUUUGUCUUCUCCAGAAACUGUAUGGCCAGAGGAAAAGCCUGAUUUUAGCAGCUUUUAUAUUUUGGUUGAUGCUGCUGUACAGAAGGCAGCAGAACUGGAGAUGGAGAAGCAGGAUAAUCCCAAUCCGUAA